GAGCUGACCUUCGUGAGGGAGGACCGCUGUGCAGUCUAUGGAUACCAAGAUUGAAGCAAAGGAAGCCUGUGACUGGUUGCAAGCAGCAGGAUUUCCUCAGUAUGCACAGUUAUAUGAAGAUUUACUGUUCCCCAUUAACGUAGAUGUUGUGAAAUCUGAUCAUGAAUUCCUUGAUCAAGAUUCAAUGGACGCACUGCUCAGGCGUCUGAACACCUUAAACAAAUGUGCGACUAUGAAAGUGGAAAUAAUUCAUCACUGCAAAAGAAGUGAUGAAUCAGAAGAUGAUGAGCCCUGUGCCAUUAGCAGUAAAUGGUCUUAUCAGAGGCAAAGCAAACGCUGGUCACGCUUGGAUGAUCUUAAUUUUGCUCUAUGUGAAGAAGCAUGUGCCAUUUCCAUGCCAAUAGAAAAUAUCCCAGUAGUUGAUGCUUUGGAUCAAGGGGAAAGAAAUGAUGCAUCUUCAUUGCACAGCUCCAGCAGUAGUGAGAGUGACUGCUUACCCAAAACAUAUGAAGAUCUUCAGAAAAGCAGAUGUUCCUCCAGAGCUUCAUCUGCAAAAAUUAUUUCUCCGGGUUCAACUGUUAGUGGUUCCCCUUCUUCCAGUGAGAUGUUAAACGUAACAAAUGAGAAGUUGGUUAGUAAGCAUCUUAGCAAGAAAGAUACUCUACUCAUGAAAAUGGAGAAGUUUCGUUUAAGAAGCUCAGUUGUAAAAAGGACUCCACAUCCUAAGGUCAAACCUACCAUAAGUAGUCCAGUACUUCUUGACGAUCUUGGUAAUGAGAAAUUGCGCAGUCUGAACUGUGUAAAUAUUUCAGACUUUCAAGAAAAACAAAGUAAAACUGAUUUUUCUAGCUCUUCCCAAACAUGCAGCAGUAGCAGUCCAUCUGAAAACAGCAGUGCUAUGAGUACCCCAAGUCCGGUUAGAGUCAGAAGUCAUAUGAAGAAAGGGGGAGUAAAUAAAGAGUAUGUUGAACCUUCCAAAUCUUCUUCAUGGAAUAAGAAUUUUGAGCAAAAGCUAAGAAAUAAAAGAAAUUUGCAUGAAUGUCAAAUCUUUUACACCCCACACGGCCAUAAACCUGGGACAUUUCCUAAAACAAUUACUGCAAACAGCAUUUUAUCAACUAUAGACAACACCUCUGUAAACUGGAGAAAUGGAAGCUUUCAUGGUUAUGAUAGUAACAAGAUUAGUUCUAAUGGGGUCAAAGACACUGAAGCGCGACUUUUGCCAAUUGACAAUCGACUAAGCAUCUAUGAUAAUGUGCCAAAUCUUUCCUUUCAAAUUGAUGAUCUUUGCUCACCUAAUGAUGAUGAUGUCUUUUCAGAACUAGACAAUGUAAUUGAGAAUAUCAAUGGACUCCGCAAACUAGUCAGUUCUUGGCCUAAAAAGUGCUCAGAUGAUGGGGACUUUGAUUUUCAUGACUCUGUGUCAAUAUACCAAUCCUCUCCUAAAACUGUUCAUCUUCAAGUGAAAGAGCAGAACAAUUCUAAAUCAGAAUUGACAAACCAUUCAGACAUGGACUUUUGUAAAUCCCACACAGACUCCUACUCUCCAGCUCUGCCAUAUAUGACCAUUUCAGAAAUUGAAGCACCCUUAAUCAACUGUAGCAGAGAAAGUCCAGAGUCUGAAAAUAUUUCCAUGCAAGUUGAAAGACAGUCAGCAGCUCACUUAAACAGGAUCCAGAAACUGUCUUUGUUAAAGCUCACAGUGCUGAUGGAUAAAUAUUCCACUUCCAACAAACAAGGAUGGAACUGGAAUGUUCCAAAAUUCAUUCGUAAAAUAAGGGUUCCAGACUAUAAAGAUAAGAAUGUGUUUGGUGUUCCACUUCUCCUAAAUGUGCAGAGGACAGGCUAUCCUAUUCCCAAGAGUAUCCUUCAGGCUAUGGAGUAUUUGCGAAUCCUCUGCCUUGAUCAGGUUGGUCUUUUUCGAAAGUCUGGUGUAAAGUCUAGAAUCCAGGCUCUUCGAGAGAUGAAUGAAUUAAACUGUAACUUUGUGAAUUAUGAUGGCCAGUCUGCAUUUGAUGUGGCAGACAUGGUGAAGCAGUAUUUCCGUGAUUUACCUGAACCUAUAUUUACAAGCAAGUUGUGUGAAUCUUUCCUGCACAUUUACCAAUAUGUGCCAAAGGAUCAACAAUUGUUUGCAGCUCAGGCUGCCAUACUGCUACUUCCAGAUGAAAAUCGUGAAGCCCUUAAGAUGCUGCUGUACUUCCUUAGAGAUGUGGUUGCUUCUGCGAGUGAGAACCAGAUGACCCAAACAAAUAUUGCUGUGUGUCUCGCUCCCAGUUUAUUUCAUUUAAACUCCCUCCGAAGAGAAAGCACUUCUUCAAACAGGUCAAGUCAGAGGAAAUACAGUACUGGAAAACCAGACCAGAAAGACUUAAGCGAAAACUUGGCAGCAAUUCAAAGUUUGGCUCAUAUGAUUGCAGAGUGCGGGAGGCUUUUUCAGGUACCGGACUACUGCCUUGACCUCUGUCUCAGUAUUUGUAAGCCAAUGUCUGCACCUUCUCAAGGGACUAAUAACGCAUGCACAAACUCAUUGGCAGCUCAUUGCAAUACUCUUAUAUCCUUGGAAAACUCUAUGCAGAAUCUUUUAAGAGAUGCAAAGGAUAAAUUCCGUAGCUGGGCGGCGUGUGCAGGAUUCGAAAAUGUUGAACUAGCUUACAAAAAGGUAGAAAGUAAUGACUAUCCAAUCAGGUUAUGGAAAGUGUCUAUUGAACUUGAUGCAACACCAUAUGUGGCCUUACAAUAUAUUCUGAGAGAACAGCAUACAUGGGAUCCAAAUCUUCAGCAGUCCAAAAUCUUAGAAACCCUGGAUGAAGAUACUGAAAUCUACCACUACUCUAUAGAGAGCAUGCCUCCAGUACCAUGCAAGGAAUAUGUUGUGUUAAGGACAUGGAGGACUGAUCCUCAAAGUGGCACCUGCAUUUUGGCAGCUACUUCAGUUGAAUGUGAAGAUGCUGAUAUCACUGGGAUCCUGGGACAUGUCAUUUUGUGUGAGCACCUCAUAGAAAACAUUGGCAGUCAGAAGUGUAAAAUGACCCAUGUUUGUAGGACAGACACAAGGGGUCGUACAAGUGAAUGGUACAAUAGAGUUUUUGGUCACAAGUGUGCUACUGAGAUCCAGAGAAUAAAAAGAUCCUUCAACAAGAAUUAAGCAAAGAAGAUAUUAACUGACAAGCCAUUUGGAUAAUGUUUCCUGGAGAUGCUGCAGCAAAAUGAAUGUGACC